AUGUUCAUCUGGAAAGCAUGUCAAGAUGCCCUUCCCACUCUUGCAAACCUGUAUAAGAGGAAAAUAGUCGAGAGAAUGGAAUGUCCAAUAUGUAAGUUGACACCAGAAACUGGGAUUCACGUGCUAUGGAACUGUAAAGCAGCCAAGGAUGUAUGGGGGCAGGGAUGCAUCAAAGUUAAAAAAAUGGCAGGAAACAAAACCUCUUUCAAUGAGAUUUGGAGACAGAUGAUAAAGUACUUAAAAGAAGAAGAACUAGCAGAAGCACUGAUCACAGCCAGAUUGAUUCGGUUCAGAAGAAACAACUUGAUUCACAAAAAAUCCUACACUCCUCCAGGAUCAAUUAUUCAAGCAGCUAAAAUGGAAAUGAAAAACUUCAAAGAAGCCAUGGAUAAGCCACAGACCAAUCAAAUCUACAUAGCAAGUCAAACAAUCAGUUCAUGGAAAAAGCCACCAAAUGAUUCCUACAAACUUAACUGGGACGCAGCCAUUGACAAAGCAACAGCAAAAGUGGGAAUUGGAGCAAUUAUAAGAGAUUCACAUGGUCAGGUGAUUGGAACACUUCAAGCUACAAGACCUUUAAAAAUUGACCUGUUCAUAGCUGAAUCAUAUGCCUUACUGAUAGCCUCUACUUUCUGUAAAGAAAAUGGAAUCUCAGCAGUGAUAAUGGAGGGAGAAACUCAAAAAGUGAUAAACAUCUUAAGGAAUGAAGUCACUGACUGGAGUCAAGGGCGACUGCUAAUUGAAGAAGCAAAAAGCAUCCUCAACUCAUGUCCAACAUGGUCUGCUAAUCAUGUUAAGAAGGAGGCCAAUAAAGCAGCUUGUACUUUAGCUAGAAAUGCUCUCUUGUUGUAUGAAGACUUAUAUGAGUUGGAAGAAAUUCCUAGCUGUAUCUUAUCCACUGUUCACAGUGAGAUUAUGUAA